CUGCAGAUCAUCUCCAGUUGUUUUUGCUGGUUCAGAUCCAAACUCUCCAAGAUGUCUCUCUCCAACAGAUCCUUCGGCCAGAAAUCCGUCGGUCAGAAGACCAUGAGCGUCUACGGCGGAGCAGGGGGUUCUGGCACCCGCAUCUCAAUAGGCCAGAUUGACUACUUGUCCCGUUUAGGAGCCAUCAACAUGAAGGAUCUCGAUCUGCACGUUGAUGCCAACGAGAAGGCCACGCUUCAGAACCUGAACGACCGUCUGGCCUCCUACCUGGAGAAGGUGCACAAGCUGGAGAAGGAGAACGAACGGCUGGAAAAGCAGAUCGCAGAGUGGUACUCAAGCAAAACUGUGAUCAGCCAUGAUUACAGUGCCUACAUGGCCACCAUCGAAGAUCUGCAGAACAAGAUCCGAGAAGCCGUCAUGGUCAACGCAAGGAUCUACUUGGAGAUUGACAAUUCAAAACUGGCCACUGACGACUUUAAAGUAAAAUAUGAGAACGAGCUGAGCAUGAAGCAGGCUGUAGAGGCCGACAUCGCUGGACUGAAGAGAGUCAUGGAUGAUCUCACUUUGUGCAAAAUGGAUCUGGAGACUCAGCUGGAGACUCUGAAGGAGGAGCUCAUUAUGCUGAAGAAGAACCACGAGGAGGACUUGGCUCAGCUGAGGAAGCAGAUGAGCGGCCAGGUUAACGUGGAGGUGGACGCUGGUUCUCAAGUUGACCUGAACCAGAUCAUGACGGAGAUCAGGGAGCACUAYGAGGCUCUUAUCGGCAAGAACCGCAAGGAUCUUGAGCUGUGGUACCAGAACAAGACUUUAGUGGUGGAGAAGRAUGUAGUAGAACAAACAACCAAUCUUCAGACAUCCCGCAAUGAAAUUAAAGAGCAGAAGAACAUCCUGCAGAAAUAUCAGAUUGAACUGCAGUCACUUCUGAGUAUGAAAUCAUCUCUGGAGGCAUCUCUGCUGGAGACUCAGCAACGCUACGCUAACCAGCUAUCAGGUCUCCAGGAAGUUGUCACAGGCCUGGAGGCCCAGUUGUUAAGUCUGACCGAAAACAUCAAAGAAAACGAACAGAAGUACGGCACUCUUCUGGACAUCAAGACCCGUCUGGAGAUGGAGAUUUCAGAGUACAGGAGGCUGCUUGAUGGGGAAGGCUGCACGUGAGAGCUAGGAAGAUGCAUUUCAAGCUCAAGAAAAGUGAUUACAAAGACCACCGUUGUGGAGGAGACAUAUGUGAAUGGAGUCAAGUUUGAGACCAAGUAAAAAGUAAAAAGGAAUCAAAAGAAUUGAAUUCAAAGAAACAAAUCAGCAAAAAUAAAAUAAAGAUUCAGCAGU